AUGCAGAGAAGUAUACAGCAGUUGUAUGAAGUGAUCUUGCUGGAUUUGGAACAAGUGCAGAAAGACAUGAGUUGGAAGGCUCCAGGUCGAGGUAUAACAGAACUGAAGAUGGGAUUUGUGAAGUUGACUUUGGCUGUCUUUCAUCUGAUAGCUGCUCUCACAUCAGUAGAGGCUCUGGACGAACCUCUUAUUGCGUUUGGGAGAAGGAGAACUGUUGAAGCAAAAUGGUCAUGUUGGUGUGAGGCACUAAGAAAUGUCAUAGACCACCCGCCUGCUACAGUUUCAUGGCUCCAGGUCUUGACUAUGUUGUUAGAGAAGCAUCCAGAUUGUAUUUCUGAUGAAGAUGUUGUAGUACUGUUAGAUCUUGUUUAUGUCAUCCAGAAAGAAACAAACUGGGUGAAGGUGGUUCACUGGAGUAUGUCCUGUUUACGAGAACUGGCAGUUGCUUGCAAAGGUAGACUAAGACAGCAGCAUGAUCAAUGGAUGAAGGUGUGGGCAACUGCUGUCAGACUUGUUUCUCAACAUAGAUGUGAGGAAGCAGCAUUUGAUUUGCUUGCUGCUUUACUGCAGUGUAACAUUGUUAGUCCAGACAUCGAGCCAUGGAGAUUGUUGGGUCAGUGCAUUCCAUCCAGUCAAGCGGUCAAUUUUGUUCUUUCUCACUUUCAAUCACAUUCAAUUCCUGAGAACUUCAAGACUAAUCAGGGUGUUGUGCAUGGCAAGGAUGGAACGCUUUUUCCUCUUCGAAGACAGCUGUUUGACUGGCUACUUCCAGUACCUGAUAAGUCACUUGGAAGGUUUACAGCAGAAGUCACAGAAGACGGGAAUUUCAAAUUAGAUGCAUCCAGCAGAGCCUCGCCACCACAAGCUGCUCAACUGUUAUUUGCUCUUACUCAAAAAGAUCCAAAGAAUGCAAUCAACACUAUGCAACUCAGCUGUGCAUUCAGUAGUGUUGAAAAUGAAGGUUCUUGCCAGUGGGACUCUUUUCUGUGUCAAAUGGGACAAUCAUACCUUUGUUCAACAUUUAGCACACUUAUAGAAGAAAACAAAGUUGCUGUCACGCACUUGGUCACCUCUAGAUCUGUGACAUCUUUGCAGCUUUUGCUAUGUGAACAAAUGGCUAAGUUGUGUGAGCAUUUAGUAACUCCUUUUGAAAGCAAGCACUGUAUGUCACUGCAAGAGACAAAACAAGCUGUACUUGAUACAAUCAAGUUUGCUGCAUAUCUUUGUAGCAUUGUCAUUCACACUGUCUCUUUGCUCGCUUUCUCAAAUUCUGUUACCUUGGAUGGCAUGGAAGAGUCUGAUCUCAUAGUGUCAUUAUCAAAGUUACUGCAGUUUCUGGCAUCUCAAAUAAAUGAGCUUUCAUUUGUACAAGAUGAGAUGGAUCAGUCAACAUACAAUGUCUUCACUGCACUGCAACAUCUUGAAUCAAUGCUGUUUGUACUGACGUGCUCAGCAAAUAGAACUAGAGAGGAGCAAGAGCAGCUCAAGAAAUUAAGACAAAUUUGUAAAACUGUGAUUCCAUCGUCUCUUGUUCAUUGUCUCAUAAGGAUAUCAGAUGGGCAGGUUGGCUGGCUAUAA